AUGAUUAUUCAUAAAUUAAGCUUGUAAAUGUCAUUUUAUCCUUCUAAUUGGAUGUUUUUUUGAGUUAAUUUUCAUUUUUGUAGCUUACAGUUUGAGAUUGGCUUAUGUUGUAGACUCUAUUAUGGAUGGAAUAUGUUAAUUCUAUCUUUAGAAUAAGAGAAUUAGCAUUUAUAUAUCAAUUGGCUGUCUUACAGGAUAUUGAGUUUUUUUUUUUUUUAAAAAAAAAAUAUUAAAGUUCCUAGCUCUCUGCUCUUUUGGUGCUCUUUUGGUGAUUCGAACUCGUAAUCGUAGAGUUGAAGGUGGAGGAUGCUUACUAUCCGAGCAUUGAGCUACCCCUUUUUGUUGAAUAGUGAGUUGAAUGUUUAAGUUAGCUGUUUCUGUUAUGGAUGUUUAUUUAUUGGUGAAGCAAUAACAGCAUCAGCCAGCCUUCACUGCUUUCUCCACCAAGAAAUCUGACCAGAAAAAAUCCACUUUCCAGUUUUCCUACUUAUGUUUUCGUGCACUUUUGUCUACCCAUCUGUUUUUUAUUGCCGAGGUCUAUCAGAAACAGCUCUCUAACUUAGAGGUAGCGGUAAGGUCUGUGUACACUCUACCCUCCAAAGACAAACACUUUUUUGGACUAAGUUUUGCUGUUUCUUAUUGUAAUUGGAAUUGAGAAUUUGAGAAUUGGGUUUUAAAGAUAGGUUCUUUAUGAUAAAACAAUAUUUUUUGAUAGAUUCUUUAUAGUCGAUCUCUUUUUCUGGUAAAUCCAAGGUCCUUCUUCUUCACUGGCAUCCUCCUAAUGUGGCAAAUUUCUUGCUUUAUCUCUUCCUCAAUAGCAGCAGCAUCAGAUAGGUGACAAAGAGAUGAAGUUUCUAUAAAUUGAUUUUAUACAUGGAGGAGAGCCAUGGCAUUUGCAAGCUUUAAUGGCUCUCUCAAAGAGAUAUGAGGAGGUGUUCUGCUUUUGUUUUUCCUUACCAUUGUCAAGUCUUGUCUUAUCAUCAAUACUUGGGUUCUGUGACAAAACACAUGUCAUUCUUUUCAUAUUCAACUAAUUCUGCAGUUGCAAAGCGUUCUUGCCUAACUUUAACUGCCGCGAGAUCUUUUCCAGAUUAUUCGCCUAAAAAACCCUCCAUUAGAGACUUUGAACUUGUGCAGCACAUAUCGACUUCUAUUAAGCAACGUUACUCUGAGCACGUUCGGCGUGUUUUAAAGCCCUUUGAAUCAAAAAUUAAACCUGACCACAUCGUUUGGGUUCUCAUGACCAUAAAGAAUGAUUACAAACUGGUUAUAGAUUUCUUUGAUUGGUGGUGUCAACGGAGGGACCCGUCAAUUGAGGUCCGUUGUAUUAUCGUGCAUAUUGCUGCUGCACAGAAAGAUGCAAGGAUAGUACAUAGGCUUAUUCAUGAUUUUUGGGCAAGACCCGGUGUAGAUGUGACAGUUUUCUUCCCCCAGUUUCUUGAAAAGUUAAUAUACACUUAUAAGGAUUGGGGUUCUAAUCCAUUUGUUUUUGAUAUUUUCUUCCAAGUGCUUGUAGAGUUAGGAAGUCUAGAUUAUGGAAGAAAACUUUUUGAUAAAAUGUUGCACUAUGGCUUAGUUCUAUCUGUCUCUUCAUGUAACUUUUUCCUUUCACGUCUCUCGCAUGAGAUUGAGGAGCACAAAAUGAUGCUAAAGGUCUUUAAUGAAUUUUCUGAAGUGGGUGUUUGCUGGGACAAUGAAUCUCAUAAUAUAGUGAUCCAUUCUCUUUGUCGGAUAGGGAAAGUUAAAGAAGCUCAUAACUUACUCCUGCAAAUGGAGCUGAGGGGGUGUAUGCCCGAUGUUGUAAGUUACAGCACUGUGAUUAAUGGAUACUGUGCCGCUGGACAGCUUGAAUCAGUGAUGAAGAUCAUCGAAGAAAUGCAAGUAAAAGGAUUGAAGCCAAAUGCAUUUACUUUUAACAGUAUAAUUCUUCUUUUGUCAAAGAGAGGGAAAGUGCAUGAUGCCGAGAAAAUCCUGAGGGAGAUGACUUCCCAGCGAAUCACUGCGGAUAAUGUUGUUUACACAACUCUUAUAGAUGGCUUCUGCAAAACUGGGAACAUAAGUGCUGCAUACGGCCUGUUCAAUGAGAUGCAGAGUCUUAACAUUAGCCCUGAUUUGAUAACAUAUACUACCCUUAUUUCUGGUCUGUGUCAAACUGGAAAUAUUGUUGAAGCAGAUAAGUUGUUGAAUUAUAUGCUUGGCCGGGGGUUAGAACCUGACGAAUUCAUUUAUACAACACUUAUUGACGGUUAUUGCAAGGCAGGGGAGAUAAGGACAGCCUUUUCUCUUCACAACAAAAUGGUUCAGAUGCAGUUUGUGCCAAAUAUUGUGACUUACACUACACUAGUAGAUGGGCUUUGUAAACUAGGGGAACUUGAAACAGCAAAUGAACUUCUCCAAGAGAUGUGCGGAAAGGGUCUUGAACUGAAUAUUUACACAUACAACUCACUUGUUAAUGGUUUUUGUAAAGCUGGAGAUGUGAAUCAAGCGUUGAAGUUGAUGGAAGAUAUGGAAGCUGCAGGUAUCUGUCCUGAUGCUUUUACGUAUACUACUCUAAUGGAUGCUUAUUGUAAAUUAGGAGAGAUGGGCAAGGCUCAUGGACUACUUCGUCAAAUGUUGCUUAGAGGGCUCCAACCCACAGUAGUUACAUUCAACGUUCUGAUGAAUGGCUUUUGUAUGUCAGGGAUGCUAGAAGAGGGUGAUAAACUGUUGAAGUGGAUGUUGGAGAAGGGUAUAAUACCAAAUGCUAUUACUUACAAUUCUCUUAUGAAGCAGUAUAGUGUGCGAAAUAAUAUGUGUAUGACGUCAGAAAUUUACAAGGGUAUGCUGGACCAAGGAGUUGUACCAAAUGCCAAUACCUUUAACAUAUUGAUACGAGGACAUUGCAAAGCUAGAAAUAUGAAAGAGGCUUGGUUUUUGCACAAGGAAAUGAUCAAAAAGGGAUUCACUCCGACAUUAGAGACUUAUCAUGCACUCAUCAAAGGGUUUUUAAAGAGGAAAAAGUAUUCUGAGGCGAAAGAAUUGUUUGAAGAGAUGAGAAGAUAUGGUUUAUUGGCAGAUAAAGAAUUUUACUCUAUCUUUGCGGAUAUGAACUAUGAACAAGGGAACUUUGAUUUGGCGCUUGAGCUUUGUGAUGAAGCAGUAGAAAAAUGUCUUACAGACAAGACUGAUAACAGGAAUGCAUGAUGGUUGUCUGACAUGAUUCUGCAUCCUGUAGCUAUUUUUGGAACCAGUGACAAAAAACUAGUUGUCUUGCUCCCAAUGAUGCUAAUCUUUUUCGUGCUGAAGUCAGUUCAAGUUGUGUUACUCUGGAGGUGAAGGGAGGACCAAUGAAUCACCUUUAAAACAAUCCCGCUUGGAUCAGAAAGAAGCAUGCAAGCUAGGUGUCGUGGACUUGGAGUUCUACUGCAGUGAAGUAUACUAGAGUAUACCACCAAUAAAUAUCAAAAAGCACCGGAAACCAGGAGAAGAUUCGUGAAAAGUUGUUGUUUUGAUAUGUGGAAGUAGCGGUUCAAAGAAUGCAUGAUUGUUUAACCCAGUUUAAACUGUUGGAGGAGGAUGAAGCUAGUCAAAAGCAGCAGACAGUAAAGAACAAGGACCGAGCAGAGAUCUGCUUUAGCAACGUGACCAUCUGAAGGUGCAGAGGGACCUGGGCUCUCAGCAGUCCUUGCUAUCUCCAUCGGGCAAGUGUAGUUGCAGCGACUUGGACGAACCACUCUGUAUACACCGGUGCUUGUUAAAACAAAGGUAUCCUUCCUGUUAUCCUGUCCAAACGAGAAUAUGCAACCUAAAGCAGGCAAUGGACUAUUGGGAACUGAGCUGCAAUUGAGAGGGGAAUCAUGAGCACAACUGAAAGAAAUGCCUCUUGCUGUAAAGUUCCCACUGUUAUACGGAUUUUCUUGAGCUGCCCAAAAGUUCUUAGCAUACAAAUCUCCAUAGAGGGAUCAGUCUUGGAGCGAUAAACAUAGCCACCUGAUAUGGCUGCACAUCCAACUUCUUUAUUUAUAUCAGAAUGGCGGUAUCCUAACACUGGGAAUAUGGGAUCCUCGAAAUCACCAGCUGAAGCAUUUUUCAAGCGUGAAGGACCUUCAUACAUGCUCCAUCCAUAGUUUCCUCCUUUUGUGAUGAUGUCAACUUCUUCAUACUGAUCCUGCAUGAUUCAAAUGAUUUUCAGAAACUCACGUCAAGAUACCAGGUAGCAUGUUAUGUCUGUUGACAAGAUCUUAACCAACAGAGAUAUAAUAGGUCUCAACAAAAAUGAGAUUGUCAAUGAACCUGGCCAACAUCUGCACAGAUGAAUUUCGAAGGCCUUUCUGAAUCAAAGCUACAGCGCCAAGGGUCUCUCAGUCCAAACGCCCAGAUUUCAGGCUGCAAAUCCUUAUUUUGUGAAUAAGGAUUAUCUCGAGGAACCGAAUAGUUACCCCAAUGUCCAAGGUCUGCAACAUAUGGUGCUUGCAAUGAAACCUUUUGAAAUGGAGGUGGUAACGUAAUUCAACAUGGUAUCAGAGCUGGUAUAAGCUCGAAGGAACCAGACCAACAAAGAUUGGCUGUUUAAGUACACAAAUGAGUGAAAAACCAACCAAUGAUGGAUUUGGUGCAGUCCCAUUAGCACUUAACUCUGCAACAACAGAAUGGUAUUGGCAUGGCUGCUUAUAAUAUAAUUUUUAGUUUUAAUUUUUUUUGGUUGACUUUCUUUUUAGUCUUUAUGCAAUUCUUUAAUUUUAAACUUUUCAUACAUUUUUGAACACAACAUUUCAGUCCAUUCUAUAUAUCUAACUGUAAAAUUCAAAAAUCUUUCUUUUA